AUGCUGAUCAGUAUGCACUUGCUUGCACUUCUUUGCAUCUUUGUGGUCGCCCUUGAUCAUAUCUCAGGACUGCCUAUGGAUCAAAUGACCACAAGAAGCACAACAAGUCUCAUUCGUCGCGGAUUCAAGAAAUCGUACAGCGAUAACUUUAGUAAGGCUCGUGUCGAUCAUGCAAAUAAAGCGAACAAUAUCAGUCCUUCGUAUCACGCCAAGUCUGGUAAUUUGCUUGGUGCAGCAGGCACCGCUAUCAAGAAAGCAGUCAUGAAUCGUUCAGUCCUUCAGACUGGUUUAGAACACGGAAGAGCCAUGCGUCAAACAGUUGGUCUUGGAAGAUCUUAG